CUCGCAGGCGGCGGCGCACUUCCGCCCGCACCAGUUGCCGCCUUGCGGACGUCUGGGUGUCGUUGCGGCCUGCCCUUGCUAGCUCCUUCCGCGGGCCUGGGGAGUGGGAGAGAGAGCCUGUGCUCCCUCGAGUGGCCGAAGACCUGGCCUGGCUCUGUCCUGCUUCAGUCGCUCCGGGCUACCGUUCUUUCAGCUCUGAAAUGGAGGGCAGCAGUCUCUGAGCGCUGGUUCUCAACCCCGGCAUCCAUUAGAAUCGCUUGGAAAGUCUUCCAACUACUGUAGCUCCGGAAUCACCAGGUGAUUGUGAUAUGUAGCCAGGCCUGCGAACGUGUUUUGCGUCCCACAGUACCUCGACCAGAAAUGUGCAUUUUGUCGAAGGUGGAUCAUAGUCAUGAGAAAGCACGCAGCCAGCCAUUUUUCGUCAAGACAGGGUUUGCUAACUCUUAAUUCCUAGUGCCAAGAAUGGUGCAUGCCAAAUAAUGGAGCUCCCUAAAUUUUGAUGAUUAGAUAAAUUUCUGAUUACUUCCUGCUGUACUGGAAGGGCUUGACUAGUUUGUUUUUAAUCUUUUUGUUGUGGAAACUUUCAAACAUAUAUGAAAGUACAAUAAUACAAUGAACCCUUAUAGGGUCGCUAUGAGUCCGAAUUGACUCGACGGCACUGGGGUUUGUUUUUGGCUCAACUCAUGAUCAAGCUUGUUUCAUCUGUUACCCUGCCUCCACUGAAUUGUUUUGAAAGCAGAUCUAAAAUAUGACAUUUCAUUCAUUAAUUAACUUACGUUUAUAAACGUAAUGCCAUUGCCAAUCUAAUAGGAAUUUCACAUUAUCAUCUGCUAUCAGGUGUUUAAACUUCCCCAGUUGUCUCUUUCCCAGCAUCAGUUUGUCCAAAUCAGGACCCAAACAAGCUACACAUGUUGCCAUUGGUUAACAUCUCAACAUUUAAUUUGUGUUUCCUUUCCCUCUUUAUUAUUAUUUUUUCUUGCAACAUACAGGUCAUUUGUCCUGUAAAGUUUCCCACAUACUAGAUUUUGCUUUUUCUAUCCCGGAGAUGUCCUUUAACAAACUGGUAUUUAGAUCCACAGGUUUUUUCAGAUUCAGGUUCUACUUUUUGGCAAGAAAACCUCAUAGAGGUUAUUGGAACUUCAAAUUGCAUCCAUCAGGAGUUAGAUAAGGUCUUGUUUCUCUUCGUGAUUAAGAUUAGUCAGUGGAGCUUUUCUGUACAAAUCGUACCACCAAAAAAAAAAAAAACUAAACCCACUGCUGCCGAGGUGAUUCUGACUCAUAGUGACCCUAUAGGACAGGGUAGAACUACCCCAUAGAGCUUCCAAGGAGCAGCUGGUAAAUUCGAACUGCCGACCUCUUGGUUAGCAGCUGUAGCACUUACCCACUACACCACCAGGGUUUCCAGCUGUACCACUGAGUAACUAAAUAAUUGUCCAGGCAAUUAUACAAAGAUGACAGCUAAUAACUCCAAAAGGAAUAAGAGAAUUCCAAUACCAUCUUUUAGCAACCCCUACUGAAAUAAUGGCUCCUGGCAGCAAUCAGUAGUAGUUACUAACAUCAAGAGAUACAGCCUGCUGAUGGAAGUGCCACCUGAUGGAAAUGCCUAAUAGCACCUAUCAAGUACACUUGGAGGAAUGGGGGUGGGGUGGGGAUAUAGACAAAACAAGAUUGGCCAUGAGUUGAUAAUUGUUGAAACUCGAUGAUGGAUACAUGGCAACGCAUUAUAUUAAUCUCUCUACUUUUGUAUGUGUUUGAAAUUUUUCAUAAUAGAAAGUUUUUAAAAAAUGGAUUGAUUACUUGACUAGUAAUUUCAGGCCAGCCUGAUCCAUCCAUUAUAGAUUUCAUUAGCUUUUUACUAAGUGAUUCUCAAAUUUGACUGCACAUUAGAAUCACGGGAAGUUUUUUUUUUUUUUUAAUAGUGAAACUCACAUCUCACUGAAGGAAUUUACUGCAUUGUUCUGGGAUGGAGCCCAAUAAUUGAUAGGUUUCCAAAGCACUCCAGGUGAUUCUAAUAUACUUCCAGGGUGUGUUUCACUGGCCUAGAUCUAUUAUUUGUUAAAAAAAAAAAAAAAAAAUGAUGAUACUGUAUCAUUCCUCCUGCAUUAUUAGCGCCUGCUUUUUUUUUUUUUUUUAAAGCUUUGUACACUGUUUAUUCUCGCCUCUCUUGCAAACUGCAAUCCAAUAGGGAAGGCUCCGGGAGGGAGGCUUGAUCUUGGAGGUGAAAAUGUGGAGUAACACCUGGAAGGGACACUAGAGAGAACCUCAGGGUCUGUGUGUGGGGUAGAGAGAUGCAUUACCUUUUUUUGUGGGGUGGGAUGUGGAGCGUACUGGAUCCCAGAAUGGAAAGGAAGACUAGAUGAUGUGUGGUUAGAAAAGCACAUUCAUCCUUAUGACACAUUUAAAAAAAUUUAUCAAAUAUUUUAUUUUAUAAAAGUUAAUGCUGCUCAUGGCAAGCAGAAACAAUCCAAAAGUUUAGAAGUUAAUAAUCACCUCUCAUUGUAAUCAUCCCUGAGAUAACCAAUAUUAACAGUGUAGCAUAUAUAUCCUUCCACUCCAGACUUUCUCCAUUUAUAUAAAUGUAGGGACUUGGGAGAUUGUUGUCAUAAAAAUGAGAUCAUGCCAUAGCCAUCUGUAACGUUUUCAUUGUCAUCCCUCCAGGACAAUAGUUGCGAACCUAACUAUUAGCUGAAGAAUAAAUGGUUCAUGGUGUGGAUGUACAAUAAAAUAUUCAACCAUUUCCCUGUUGACAUAUAUUCAGGUUGCUUCCAAUUUUUAGCCGUCUUAAAUCCUACCACGAUGAACAUCCUACAUAGAUCCUUUAUUUCUGUAGGGUAAAUCACCAAAAAUGGAAUUGCUGAUCUAAAGGGUAUUAUCAACAUCAUCAUUAUUAUUGGUAAUAUGUAUUACCAGAUUACCCCCCAAAACAUAGUAGCAAUUCAUCUCUCCGCCACCGGUAAUGUAUAAGAGUUAUAUAAUAAUUAUAUAAGUAAUUCUUAGAAUUAUUUAUAUGUCUGUUUUCCUCCUUGCCAUCAAUGUGAAUAAUCUAUCAUUGGCCGUCUGUAAGUUUCAGUUUAUUCACAUUUAUUCUGUUUGAUGCACAUCUUCCAUCCCAGGAGUAUACCAGAGACAGGAGAUGUUCCCAGAAAUAGUGAAAGAAAAAAGAGCAGUGCUACCAGUUGGCAGGAAUCUACACAUUCAACAGGGUGGAAGAUGUCGAUGGAUGUGACGUUUCUGGGAACAGGUGCAGCAUACCCAUCCCCAACCCGAGGUGCUUCUGCUGUGGUCCUUCGGUGUGAGGGCGAAUGCUGGCUCUUUGACUGUGGAGAGGGAACUCAGACACAGCUUAUGAAAAGCCAGCUUAAAGCAGGGAGAAUUACCAAGAUCUUCAUCACACAUCUUCAUGGAGACCAUUUCUUUGGACUUCCUGGCCUCCUCUGCACAAUCAGUCUGCAGAGUGGCUCCAUGGUCACCAAACAGCCUCUCGAAAUCUAUGGCCCUGUAGGUCUUCGGGACUUUAUCUGGCAAACCAUGGAACUCUCUCAGACAGAACUGGUCUUCCCAUAUGUGGUCCAUGAGCUGGUACCCACUGCAGAUCAGUGUCCUACAGAAGAACAGAAAGAAUUCACUCAUGUGAAAAGAGCAGACAGCCCUCCCAAGGAAGGACAAGGGAGAACUAUCCUGUUAGACUCAGAAGAAAACUCAUACCUUUUGGUUGAUGAUGAACAGUUUGUUGUCAAAGCAUUUCGCCUCUUUCACCGAAUUCCCUCCUUUGGAUUUUCAGUCAUGGAGAAGAAACGCCCAGGUAAACUCAACGCACAGAAACUAAAAGACCUGGGUGUUCCACCCGGUCCUGCCUAUGGGAAGCUGAAAAAUGGAAUUUCUGUUGUUCUGGAAAACGGGGUUACAGUUUUUCCCCAAGAUGUUUUAAAAACGCCUAUUGUUGGAAGAAAAAUCUGCAUCUUAGGUGACUGUUCAGGGGUCGUGGGUGAUGGAGGAGUGAAGCUGUGCUCUGAAGCAGACCUGUUGAUCCACGAAGCGACCCUGGAUGAUACCCAGAUGGACAAAGCAAAGGAACACGGCCAUAGCACACCACAGAUGGCCGCAACAUUUGCAAAGUUGUGCCAAGCAAAGAGGCUGGUUCUGACUCACUUCAGUCAGAGGUACAAACCAGUUGCCUUGGCCAGAGAAGGAGAAACAGAUGGUAUUGCAGAACUGAAAAAGCAAGCUGAAUCAGUGUUAGAUCUCCAAGAAGUGACUCUAGCAGAAGAUUUUAUGGUGAUUGGCAUUCCAAUCAAAAAAUGAAACCAGUGUUCCUGAAUGCAUAUUGACACGUCAGUGGGUAUGUUACUGAACCUCCAGUCCAGCUGGGUUUUUUGUUUGUUUGGUCUUGGGGCCUAAUAAAUUAUUUGGGGCCUAAUAACAAAAAAAAAAUUUUUUUUUUAAUAACCCUAAAAAGGGUGGUGCUGCAUUGCUGAACUGACUCAGCAGUAAGAGGGAGCAAGCUUUUUGAUAAUAAAUAAUUUUAAAAAGAAAAAGAA